AUGAAUAACCAGAGGGUAACCUAUGAAGAGCUGAAUCUGCAUAACGACUGGAAGAGAAGGCAAAAGGAACCCCAGGACUCCAAAAGCUCUGAUGCAGUAACUGAGCAGGAAAUAACCUAUGCAGAGUUAAAUUUUCAAAACUCUUGUCAGGAUCCUCAAGGGAAUGACCAGCAGCUCCACAGCAGAGCAUAUAAUUGUAAUCAGUGUCCAAGGGAGUGGUUCAUAUAUUCCAACAGCUGCUAUUAUAUCAGUAAUGAAAAGAGAACAUGGAAUGAAAGUAUGAUGGCCUGUGUGUCUAAGAAUUCUAAGCUUCUUUAUAUAGAUAACCCUGAAGAAAUGAAUUUUUUGAGCGUCUUUAUUGACCUGCUAUGGAUUGGACUAGAAACUGAUAACUUACGGGCAUGGCCAGAUGAUUCAUCUUUGUCUUCUAAAAGAGCAGUCAGUGAAGACCACAGUUACUGUUUGCCUGUUUGCAAGACUACUGGUUUUCUCAUUGGAGGAUGUGCAAGCAUGGAUUCAACAGAAGGAUCCAGCUAA